AUGAGGAUGUGCCCCCACUUCGGGGGGCUGCUCACCGCCCUCGCCGUGGUGUUUGGGACGGCGGUGGCUUUUGCACCCAUGCCUAGGAUCACCUGGGAGCACAAAGAGGUGCAGCUGGUGUACUUCCACCAGCCGGGCAUCUUCAACUACUCCGCCUUGCUGCUGAGCGAGGACAAGGACACUUUGUACGUGGGCGCCCGGGAAGCCGUGUUUGCCGUGAACGCACUCAACAUCUCCGAGAAGCAGCACGAGGCGUACUGGAAGGUCUCUGAAGAUAAAAAAGCAAAAUGCGCCGAAAAGGGGAAGUCAAAACAGACAGAAUGCCUCAACUACAUCCGGGUGCUGCAGCCACUCAGCGCCACCACCCUUUAUGUGUGCGGGACCAACGCGUUCCAGCCGACCUGUGACCACCUGAACUUAACAUCCUUUACAUUUCUGGGGAAGAAUGAAGAUGGCAAAGGAAGAUGUCCCUUUGACCCGGCACAAAGCUACACGUCCGUCAUGGUCGAUGGAGAGCUCUAUUCUGGGACGUCCUACAACUUCCUGGGGAGUGAGCCGAUCAUCUCCCGAAGUUCCUCUCACAGCCCUCUGAGAACAGAGUAUGCCAUCCCUUGGCUUAACGAGCCCAGCUUCGUCUUCUCUGACGUGAUCCGAGAGAGCCCAGAUGGCGCCGACGCCGGGGACGACAGGGUCUACUUCUUCUUCACGGAGGUGUCUGUGGAGUACGAGUUUGUCCUCAAGUUGAUGAUCCCCCGGGUGGCGAGGGUGUGCAAGGGGGACCAGGGCGGCCUGAGGACCUUGCAAAAGAAGUGGACGUCCUUCCUGAAGGCCGGGCUGAUCUGCUCCCAGCCAGACAGCAACCUCGUCUUCAACGUGCUGCAGGACGUCUUCGUCCUCAGGGCCCCGGGCCUGAAGGAGCCUGUGUUCUACGGGGUCUUCACCCCGCAGCUGAACAACGUGGGGCUGUCGGCCGUGUGCGCCUACAACCUGUCCACGGCCGAGGCGGUCUUCUCCCACGGGAAGUACAUGCAGAGCGCCACAGUGGAACAGUCCCACACCAAGUGGGUGCGCUACAACGGGGCCGUGCCCACACCGAGGCCCGGGGCGUGCAUCAACCAUGAAGCCAGGGCGGCCAACUUCACCAGUUCCCUCAGUCUGCCCGACAAGACCCUGCAGUUCGCCAAGGACCACCCCCUGAUGGACGACCCCGUGACCCCCACAGACAACAGGCCCAAGCUGGUCCAAAGCGGCGUGAACUACACGCAGAUCGUGGUGGACAGGACCCAGGCCCUGGACGGGGCCACGUACGAUGUCAUGUUUGUCGGCACAGACAGGGGCGCCUUGCACAAAGCCGUCAGCCUCAGGAGCGGCGUCCACAUCAUCGAGGAGACGCAGCUCUUCCCUGACUUCAAGCCGGUCCAGGCUCUGCUGCUGUCAUCCAAGAAGGGCAGGAGGUUUGUCUAUGCUGGCUCCAGCUCGGGCGUGGUGCAGGCGCCCCUGGCCUUCUGCGGACAGCACGGCACCUGCGUGGACUGCGUGCUCACCCGGGACCCCUACUGCGCCUGGAGCCCGGCCGCCUCUGCCUGCGUGGCCCUGCACCAGACCAAUGGCCCCAGGAGGGGUCUGAUUCAGGAGAUGAGUGGAGACGCGUCCACCUGCCCCGAUAAAAUUAAAGAACAUUACCAGCAGCAUUUUUUCAAGCACGGCGACACAGCCGAACUCAAGUGCUCCCAGAAGUCCAACCUGGCGCGGGUGGUGUGGAAAUUCCAGAACGGUGCGCUCAAGGCCGAGAGCCCCAAGUACAGCCUGGGGGGCAGGAAGAAUCUGUUCAUCUUCAACCUGUCGGCAGGAGACAGUGGGGUGUACCAGUGCCUGUCGGAGGAGAGGGUCAGAAACAAGACUGUCUUGCAGGUGGUGGCCAAGCACGUCCUGGAGGUCAGGGUGGUCCCUCGGACCCCAGUGCCCUCCACCUUGCCGGCCGCCCGGACAGAGGGUGGUGGCGUCACCCCCAGAGUGUCAGCAGGGCCCACCCAAGGCUUGUCUCCCCAGACCCCGGCUGUGCGGGUCACCACGCCCAGGGCUGUCGCCCCACCCUCCAGCCCCACGCCCGCCAGCACGUCCCGUGAACCAAAGAUCGUCAUCGACGUGGUCCCCGGGGUCCACACGGAGAAGACGAUGUAUCUCAAGUCCGGCGACAACCGCGUCCUCAUGUUUCUCUUCGUCGUCUUCUUCGUCCUCUGCCUCUGCCUCGUCUCCUACAACUGCUACAAGGGCUACCUGCCCAGCCAGUGCCUGAAGUUCCGCUCGGCCGUGCUGCUCGCCAAGAAGCAGCCCGUGGCCGACUUCUCCGACUGUGAGCCGAGCGUGAAGGAGACGCUGGUGGAGCAGGGCAGCUUCUCGCAGCAGAACGGGGGGCAGCCCAAGCCAGCCCUGGACACUGGCUACGAGACCGAGCAGGACACCAUGGCUAGCAGGGUGCCCACCGACCGGGAGGACUCGCAGAGGAUCGACGACCUCCCGGUCCGGGACCGGCCAUUUGACGUCAAGUGUGAGCUCAAGUUCGCUGACUCGGACGCGGACGGGGACUGAGGUCCGCUCACGGGGAGGUCUCGUGUGUCGCCGUGCAGUAGCCUCGUCCAGUGCUGCGUAGGUAGCCCGUCGUCAGCCACCCACGUCUUCUGUGUCUUUCUUCUUGGGUCGAGCUUGUGAGUUGGUUCUCUUUGUCCUUUCGGAAAACAGCAAGCAUCGUGUCGGCGUCGCUUGGUGGGUCGGAGCGCCUGGAGCUGGCGGCAGUGGGGAAGGUGGCGGCCGGCCCUGGCCCGGGAACAGCUGUCCCUGCGCGCCCCCGCCCAGCAGCCACUGAGAGAUAAUUUAAUUCCAGAUUGGAAAUGACGUUUUCAUUUAUCAGAUUGGUAACUUAUUGCCUGUUGUCCAGAUUGGCACAGACCUUUCCUUCCACAGAAUUACUUUUUAGGAUUUUGCUUUAAUUGUAUUGGUGCGUCAGGCCAUUUGUUCUUUAAAUUACUAAAGCAGAUGUUUUAAUAUUUAGAAGAUGUACAUCUUCUAGGUUUUGUUGUAUAUUAGGUUAAGAUAUGGCUUACGUUGCUUGAGAUUCUCAGGGAUAAACUUACUUUUGCUAAAUGCAUUCUUUCUGCUUUUAGAAAUGUGGACAAAACCAUCUCUUGAGCACACUUAGUUUUUUUUUUAAUUUUGUUCCUCGAGGGAAGCCUCGUUUUCAGAGAGA